UGUCUUGGCAACCAGUGCUCCAUACGGAGGGUGUCGGAAUGGUUGAGUCCCUGAGUUUGUGGCCAACAUGGUUCUUCCUGUUUUGUGGCAGGCCUGCAGCAAAUGUGUAGUGGGAAUUGCUCAGCAGAGUCUAAUCAUUUAUGCCGGGAGAAUCAGCCCUAAAUAAUGUAUGUGCCUUGGAGCACCUGCAGGGUGUUUCUCACCGUCCAAAAUCCGAAGAGUUCGAGUUCGGUCGUUAACAAUAACCAAAAAGGCACAGUCGCGACCAAUAAAGCGGGCGGAUUCUUGGGAACAACCUCUGGAACAAAACCAGGCGGGAAACGGGACAGAAAAGAUGCCUUGGGAUCAUGGCCAUCAGAAGUGUGAACAGAAAGAGGCAUGCUGGACUGCAGCAGCUCUCCGCUUUGGCAGCUACUGGAAGGACCCUUUUAGGACCAGUGAAAUCAUCCAAAUUUAUUGUGGAUGAAAGUAUUUCUGGCAGUAUGUUGAUUUGUUCUCCAGUGAGACUUCUUGAAAGCUUGGAUUUAAGUAGUGCAGUGGGACAACUUCUUAAUGAAGCUGUCCAGGCACAGGACAAAGACUACAAAACUGGGGCAACUACUCUGUUGUUUCUUGUGAGCACUUGGAGCAAGGCUGUGCUUGAAUGCCUUCAGCAGGAUAUUCCCCUUUCAGUAAUAGUACCUGUACUGUCUGAAGGUCUGAACACUUGCAUUGAACAAGUGCAGAGCAUUACAUUAUCAUUAGACACUGUACAGCAAACAUUAGAUGCUGUUCCUAUAGACAGUGUUCCUGUUAACAUCACUUCUUGUACAGCUAGAAGGCACAUUAAUGAAAUUAAAAACCAAGGUAACAGGAUAUUAAGUCUACUCGAAUAUCCUUAUGAAUAUGGACAAGAAUCAGAAGAAAAACUAGAAGGCCCUACCACCCAGCAAGAAAAUGCAUGCAAUUUGGGGGUAAAGCAUAUACAUCCAGGGGUGUUUACUACCUGCAGCACAGAGUGUUUGCAGACUGAAUCAGCAAACACUGGUUGUGUUUUUACUGGUUGUAACACAAUUAUUCAUAAAAACUGCAGUUUGAAAAACCCUCACUUGGCUACAGCAAACCAUAACAGAGGAUCAAAAAUAACCUACAGUAGGUACUUUAGUAAUGAAAGAAAAAGUUAUUCACUGAAAGAGACAGAUCAGCUGGGUAAAUGCACAAAAUAUUCUGACAGGCUCAAUGAUUUCGCACAGUUGGCAAUGUCUCUUAGCCAUGGAAGCUGGCCUCCCAUGAAACUGGUACAGGAUGUUCUCCAUUUUCAGCUGCAGUCUUCUGACAAAGUGGCUAAAAAUCAUCCAUUCCAAUUUAACAUUUCAGAAAUUGUGACAUGCUGCUUACCAGGCAUGUCAGAAAGUCAUUCUUGUGUUCAUCCUGGGUAUAUCACUUUGGUAUGCCCAGAGAAAGCUGCUGCUGUUAAGCAGUUUCAGAAUAGGUCCCUUCGAGUUGUUCUUGCAGAUGGUGACCUAACUGAAACCUAUCGUCAUUUGGGGUUUAACAGGUCACAGAAUGUGAGAACAUGUUUAGAAAGCACAUCUUACCUAGGGAACAGCUCAGGCUCAUGGCUUGACUCUAUGUUAGAUAUUCUGGUUCAGUCUGGUGUAAAUUUAGUUUUGGUCCAAGGCAACAUAUGCAAAAAUUUAGAACAAAGAUGUCUGCUGAAUAACAUAGUGGUAAUCACUCAGGUAGCUCAGUCUGUUCUGAGGGCUUUUAGUGAAAUUACAGGAGCAGCAAGAGUGACUUACCUCACUCAAAUUAAUGAGCAUUGUAUUGGCAAGGGUGUCUGUAUGAACCUCUAUGGAACUCUGGAACUCAGUUGCGUGGAAUUGGAUGGCCAAAUGCCAGUUGCUUUAAUGGCAGAUGGAAUUCGCCUAGUAACAGUUGUACUUAGCUGUCCGGUUAUGUCCAAGAUGGAAGCUACUGAAGAUUGUUUUUGGACUUGUGCUUAUCGUGUGCAUCAUGCCCUUCUGGAUCAAGCAGUCUUUCCAGGAGGUGGUGCAGCUGAGUUCCUGUGUCUCAGCUCUCUUGAGAGCCUAGGUAAAACAGCCAAACAUUCUUCUGAUGCAUUUCCUGCUGGCUCCUCUUGGUUUGCAACAUCUUCAGAGCUAUAUAGGCCACUUGUGCUUAAUGCUUUGGCACAUGGCUGGCAUCAGUAUCUUUGUACUGUUUUGUGUAACACUGCAGACUAUGAAUCAGAGUUUGAAGCCAGCACCUUCAUUCAGCAACAUCUCAGAAAAGCAGAACUGCAUGGUUCACCAUCAGCCUACAUACUGGAUGCAUUUAAAAAGGGGAAGAUGGGAGUAGAAAGUGUUGAAUAUGUUAGGAUGUAUGAGAAGUCUCUGAAAGUGUGUGACAAUGUUACAGCUAAGGUGGAAGCAUGGCGUAGAGCCCUAGAUGUGGUGCUGUUGGUGCUCCAAACAGAUGCCGAAAUUAUCACAGGCCCUAAGAGGGAUCAGUUGCUGAAGUCAGGGACUGCAGAAGAGUUCCUCUUUUUAUAGGAGUUUCUAAGCCUGCUAAUGACUAUGUUUCUGGACUAUGAAACUUACCAGUACUCCUGUGCAAACCCAAAAGUGGAAAUAUAUUAGGUGGAUACAAUUCAGAUUUAUUGCCCACAUGUUUUAGAAGCCAUGUCCAAAAAAUGGGCAGGAUCUAAUUGGGUCACUAUUCUUCUGCUGGUUCCAUUGUGCUACUUCUUUGGCACUUCUAAAAAUAAACCUGAAAAUAGGCAUUUCCACAUUAGGACAGGGCAGCAGAGCUUUCUUCUGUGAGCUCCAUUGGCCUGACUUGUUCCAGAAAUGUGUAUUUCUACUCAUUUUACAUCAUUAGAACCAUAAAAGCUUUCUGUGUGAGUGGUUGCUCCUGCAGGUUCACAGAGGUGAUUGGAUACAGUCCAGUGACUUGUAAGGAUGUGAUUACAGCUGUGCAUGUUUAGACAAAAGAAAUUUCUACAACUCCCUGUGACUUUCUGGGGAAUGCUGGGAAUUAAAGGACACUUUUUAUCUAAGCAUAGAUAGGAUUAUACCUGAAGUUGCGUAAAGACCCAUUUCCACAGUAUUGAAUUGCACCACUAUUCUUUAGAAAUGUUCCCCAGUUAUUGGCUGACAGUAACCAUAAUGUACUAUAAAUUAUGAGGAGUGAUUUCCACUCAUUUCAGUGAGACUUACGCCCAUUUAGUUGUAUGGUAAUUUUGGUUCCUAUCAGCCUGAGAUAUUUAAGUCUCCAUGUUACAGAGAGCCUGGGUUGUGGGGUGGGGUUAACUAAUUUUGAUUAUAUUGUUUGUUACUAUAAAUUGAAAUCCUUUUUAUUAAGUUGGUUUUAAACAACUGCUUAAGUGUCAAAUGAUGGAAUGCGUGUUGGAAGAAAGAGGUAAAUCAAUAGGGUUGCAUGUAUGUAAGCAGUGAAGUGACAUUGAUAUUUGAUACCAUAGAGAAGAAUCUGUGCUUCUCUCUUUGUUUUCAUUUGUCACUCCGCUUUAAAAUGGUUUUGAACUGGUUGCUGUCCUUGAGAAAAAAAGCUACCCACAUUCUGAUUUUACUGGGUUAGGAAGGCUCCAGGUUUCAGUAGGACCUGGAGAAAACCUGGGGUAUUUCCUUUUUUUAUACUACUUAUCUGUAUGUACAAAGGAGCUCCUGCUACAGGAGCACCAGAGCUAGGUUUUUAAUGUGAGCUGACUCAGCUUUCACAUAAGUACACAACAUUGAGACACUUGUAACAGGUUAUCUCUCUUCAUACAUACUGCAGAAUGAAAUUGAGAAGGUGAUUUUUUUUUUUCUUUAAAAAUUUUAAACAAUUGCUGCCCUGCAUUGCGAUCCGGUCCUGUCCACCCACCUCUGGCUAUUUGUAAAAGUGUAAAGCCAAGUGAACUAAUUUCCUAUUAGUCAAUCCAUUGGACUGUCUAGUUUGGCCCUAGGUAGGUGUUUUCAGGAGUACAGCUGAAAAGGAGUAUCUGAGCAACUCACCUCUAAGAGGAGUAAGUAGCUCACCCAUUGGACAGAGCUCUUAUGGGAAAGGCAUGUAAAUAGUGAUAGUUGCAUCAAUUUCCAAAUGUUGAAACAUUUCUAUCAUAAUGCUUAUGUCUGACACCAAUUGUGUUAAGAUAAAAUCUACAUGGUAUAUGCUAUAGACUUGGGUUCUUCAUACUGCAUUCAAAUAAAUACAUUUUAAAGUAUUACUUUAUUAGCUCACAGUGUUCGUUGUGGUUAGGAACUAGAAGCUGUUUCAAGCCCCAGACAGUGAUACAGUUAACUUAAAAUAAUGUAUUUUGUGAGCCAUUGAUAUUGUGACUAAUUCCACUAAAAUUCAUUUUGGGAACAAGCA